AUGGAUGAAGCGGGUUCGAAGAGACUCAAGGGGGAUCGUGUCGAAGAAGCGCAAAGGGGUGAUGCGCCGCGAGAGAAGCCGCAGGCGAUCGAUGGGAAGGCUCUCGCUAAUGAACUCGAGCAGGAGCUGCAGUGCGCGUGCUGUUCCGCACUAGUUUAUCGUCCGGUGGUCGUCAUGCCAUGUCAACACUUUUUCUGUGGAAGCUGUAUCGUUAUGUGGAUUCGGAACGGCGGGUCCAAUUGUCCGGCAUGUAGAGCCAUGUCAACAGUAGUGUCUCCCUCUCGUGCUCUCCAGACGAUGGUGGACGUUUUGCUCCGCGCCGCACCGUCUAAAACGCGACCCCAGAACGAGCGGAUACAAGCAGACGAGGUGUAUAGGGCCGGUUCAACCUUGCGGUUACCUUCACCCAGGCAGGCUUCUCCCGAACCUAAUAUGGCAUCCCGCAAUGCCAACUUUGUGCAUCCUUGCCCUCACUGUGCGGCUGGAAACUCUUGGGGCUGGAGAUGUCCUCAGCCUAUCGUGGAUCCUGAGAUGGAUCCAGAGAACGCUUGGCACACAGAAGACGGGUCCCCUCCGGGCCACGCAUACUGCGGCAAUUGUGAGAACAUCCUUGCGCUGCAGGCCCCUCCAACAACCAAGUGCGAUCUUUGUCAGGUAGCCUUCUGCGGCAUUGGCGUUCCGGGACGUUGUGUGGCUGCGCCUCUUCUGAACCAGCAGCCGCAUGGAUUGUCUGACCUGAGCGAUCUCAUUCAAUGCGGAGAGGUCUAUGAUUGUUUUGAUUCCAAUACUGUCGAAGUUGACAUAAUGCUUGACUAUAUGACCGCUCAAUCGCUAUCCCCAAGACACAUUUAUCGCGAGAUUGUGGCUUACAUCCAGAGCCAGCCAAGACAAUUUGCGCCGUUGAUCGAGCUGGACCUCUUCAUGGACGUGCACGGCGUGGCCGGUGGCGUUGACCCAGACUUGAACGCACCUCGAAACAGGAUUUGUAGGGUAUGCGCGACCGAGGUCUUCCUUUGGGGCCUCCGUGACUGGUGGGUGCGAGAGCGAAGAAAAGGGUUUCUCGCAGACUGGGUCGUGAAGCGUCCAGACUGCCCCGAGGGCAGCUUAUGCUCCAGACAGAAGGAUCACGUCAACCACAUCAUAACUCCACCGGAGGCUCUUCAAGCUAUGCCCGGUCCCGCUGCACCGCAUGUACCAAUGCCCGAGCAUCAAUUGGCCCUCCCUGCUGGAUCUCAACAUGCAGAAGCGGCCGCAUUGCCUCAAUUGCUCCCUCUGGCUGGCGCAAACGCGGCUAGUGCAAAUGGUCUAGAGGCUACUUAUUUCUCACAGAUGUCCGGUAACGUCUAUGGCCCAGAUUCUCAGGACUUCAGAGAUGAGGUCGACGCACUGCUGUGA